UGCUAUCCCCAUGAGGCCGUCGCCAUCAUAGUACCUUCUCCCCAAAAGCCGGAGAUUGCCACAGACUUUUCAUUUUGCCAUGGCUGGCCUGGUGUUCAAACGUUCAAAACAUCGAAACCGCUACAGGAAAAAGCUGUUUGACCAAUGAGAGCGUUUCACGAGGCAUUCCAAUUCUGGGACCGCCUCGUUCUUGGUCGUGUAGAGGCAAGCCUUUGAGUUGCAGAUCUGUUCCACGAUCUCAGACAGCGGCCACAGCCCAAAAUGCCAUCGCGCAAUUUCAAAGGCGUCGCUGCCUCAUACCUUAUCGUCUCCCAUGUCUCUGGCCUUUGGCCUCUGUACACCUGAUAUGAAUCUCUAGUGAUUGGUAGUCAUGCAUUUCCACCUCCCUCAACUUCGCCUACUACAUGCCACCGACCCUUGGCCUGUAGACAAUCCGAGUCGUUGGCCGUCGGCCUUCCUGUAUGAUCAGUGUUUAGUGCCAUUGCUCUCAAUGCCUCGCAACACAUCCUACAAUUUCUGGCAACAGGAUUCGGAAUUAUACCUACACGUCAAGGCAUCAACUGCAGAGCACCUGCAAACUACUACCGGUCAUGAACAGUCGACUUAUCAAUUUCACCAACACGUCCUACAUUCUGUACUAGAGAAUACUGCCUACGAUCCCACACCCGUUGUCUCCCAGGAUCACGUUGCAUGCGACGGAGACUCGACGACAGAGGACCACACAGUGGUCCCUCGUGAUGUCGUACCUGAUGCGGGCCUAUCACCGAUCCCAAUAGCUCAGGGUGACAUUCAAAGUGAUGCUGCUGGAUGGCAUCCACGCAGUGUUCCUUCCAGCUAUUCUCCAUACGCCUUAUCCGACUAUUUACCUGCCCACAAUAUGGGCUUCUCUGACGCAAACCUUGCCAACCCAUGGCCACCCACGCAAGGGUUCCAGCAUGACCCACCUUAUCAAUUACAAGAAGAGGUUGACCCCCAUCCUCGAUAUGUGGUCAACGAUGAUGAAUCAAAAUCGCACGUCGAUCGUGCGUCUGUGUGCCAGUGGAAUGAUGGUCAUGGCGCAUGCGGUAAGACUAUAAAUGCAGCCAAGACCAAGAAACAUAUGUUAUCAUACCAUUUCAAGUCACCUUUGCCCCCUGCAAAGCGCUUGAAAUGUUUGUGGAAGGACUGCGAGCUCCACCAGCCUGUGCGACGAGAUACAAUCAUCCGCCACAUCGUCGAAAAACAUCUCGGACACAAGUAUCGAAGCAAGCUUUGGUUAGCCUCUCAUACUAGGGCCGGCUCCCGUGGAUCCCGGAAAAAUACGCACUUGCAUUAAUGCUGAUCGUGUAGCCUUCGUCUGUAAUUUAUUGCUCUGGUUUGUUUUUACUUUAUGUCGCUCGCUGUUGUUUCUGUGCAGACCAUAUACUGUGUAUAUCUGUCAGCCGGUUGCGCGUUAAGCUAUGUUUAUUCCCUACUACUAGUUUCCUAUACAAUGCAUAUAUAAUACGUUUGACACGGUACAGCGGAGAUUGUGAAUAUAAUGACAUAUCAUCA